UGUUUUUCAUAUGACAGCUGACAUGAUGGCGCCCUCCAGGUACAUGUGGCUUGCCCUGUAUUGUACAUGCGUGAUAAUGUGAGUGGACGGGGUGGGCGCCUGGUACAUUGGCGCUGAGUGGCACACGUGGCCGAACACGAUGAUGCGAUGUGUGUUUCACAGGGUGAUCGCUGGUAGAGGACAACCUCUGCUCCCACGUGUCCUCACACCAGCUCUGCUGAAGCAUGGCUUUGCCUCCGUUGGAGUUUCUCGCCGACAUUUCAAGAAGGACCUCUUAUCCAUCCUGGAUGGCUCUGUUACCCCAGUGACUGUGACAGAGAUCCGCCAGUAUCUCAGAGACCACAUGAUCUCCUUCCAUGAUGGCUACAGCUGCCUGCAUGUCCCCAGCCCCUUCACCCCUAACAAAGACCACCUGCUCUUCAUUGACAAGACUACAGGGAGGUUUCUCUGCAAGGACACCUUGCUGGAGGGCACCUGGGAGGACUUUAAGGACAGCAUGGAUCUGCUCACAAAGGAGGGCUCCUCCUUCCUCAGCCCUGAGACCCUGAGAAGCUACCUGCAGGACAGCGACUCUGAGGAUGGAGAACGGCACCUGAACCACACGGAGAUCAGCAGGAUCUGGAAUAAAGCCCUGUGGUUCCAUGACCUGGAGGAGGAGGAUGCCCAGCUGAUCAAAGCCAUGUUUAACAUCUCGAAAAUAACCAACAGUACCCUGAACAAGUUCGGCGUCAAGUGUUUCCAACCUACCAAAAGUCUAGUGUUCCCAUGGUACAACCCACGAGAUCUCACCAUGAAAGGGUUAAAGUUGCUGUCCGCUGUGUGUCAGGCAGAUGUGGUGAAUUACAUUGAGACGGUUUAUCCCGGACCUUCUCGUUACCAUAACUUGUUUGGAAUUACAGUGAUGGGGAAGAAGGACACGGAGGUGGUGAUCACCAGCCAAGAAGUGGAUAGUUUAGCUGUCCAUCAGGCCACGGGGAUCACCACGGUAUCUUUACCACGUGGGAUAAAUUGUUUCCCACCUGUACUUUUGCCGUUUCUUGAGCAGUUUAAGCGCGUCACCCUGUGGCUUGGUGAUGAUCUGCGCGCCUGGGAGGCUUCCAAAUUGUUCUCUCGGAAACUAAGUAUCAAGAGGUGCUCUCUGAUACGGCCCGGGGAUACACAGCCGAGUCCCCUGAAAGCCUUCAAUUUGGGGCUUAACCUAAAUAAACUCAUCAAGGCUUCUCUUCCAGCUAGCCACAAGUCUAUCAUCUCAUUCCGUCAGCUGAGGAGUGAUGUCUUCAGCCAGUUAGAGAAUACAGAGCAAGUGGCUGGGGUGAAAUGGGCAAGAUUUCCUGAACUGAACAAGCUACUUAAAGGCCACCGGAAAGGGGAACUGACAAUAUUUACAGGCCCAACUGGUAGUGGAAAAACGACAUUCAUCAGUGAAUAUGCUCUGGACCUCUGCAUGCAAGGGGUUAACACUUUAUGGGGGAGUUUUGAACUCAGCAACGUUCGCUUGGCAAAAGUUAUGCUGACCCAGUUCUCCCUGCAGCGACUAGAGGAGAGGCUAGACCAGUACGACGAGUGGGCCGAUCGAUUCGAAGAGCUGCCACUUUACUUCAUGACUUUCCACGGAGAGCAAAAUAUAAAGUCUGUGAUUGACACCAUGAAGCACGCUGUGUACAUGCAUGAUAUUAACCACGUCCUCAUUGAUAACCUGCAGUUCAUGAUGGGCCAGGAGCAUCUCUCUUCAGAUAAGUUUUCAGUACAGGACUACAUAGUUGGGGCAUUCAGGAAAUUCGCGACUGAAAAUGACUGUCAUGUGACAUUAGUCAUUCAUCCCAGGAAAGAAGAUGAUGACAAGGAAUUGCAAACAUCCUCAAUUUUCGGCUCUGCAAAAGCCAGCCAAGAGGCAGAUAAUGUUCUCAUACUUCAAGAUAGGAAACUGGUCAGUGGCCCAGGGAAGAGACAUUUACAGUUGUCGAAAAACCGCUUUGAUGGAGACGUUGGGGUUUUUGCACUGGAAUUCAACAAGUCCACACUGACUUUUACUUCUUCCAAGAGCAAGGCAAAAGUGAAGAAAGUUGCCAAAGAAAAUGAGGACGCUGUGCCGGAUCAGGCACCACCAAAAAAGAAGUAAACAGGAACGUUUGUGCUUGCUGCUGAACUGACAUUUCAACUGAGCUUUUGGUACAUCUGAGUCCAGGGCCAGGAUGGACAUGUCAUACGUUUUGUGAAUACAUAUUUGUUAUGUAAAACACUAUUUUAUAUUGUUGGUCCUCAUUUCAAGAUGGAUCUGUAAGCUAAAUUUCAACAUUUUGUUAAUUUUUUGUAUAAAACAUGUUGGAGUGUCUGUCAUGGUGACAUACCUGUUUGUCCUCUAUCAGAUGUCCUGAUAAAAUAGAAAAAACGCACCAAAAAAUGUGUACUUUUUCUCACUGGAAAAAUUAUUUUUG